AUAUUGAGCAAUUAAAUUUCUUGGACAAUCUUAGUAAGAUAGCUUUGAUCAAUGCCCAUCAACAUUGUAAAAUAGGAUUUGCAUUUACCAAUUCUGGAAGUUAAGCGGAGUUCUUAUCGUUACUAGAACAUGCACAAAAAGUUGGUUUUAUUUAAGUGUUGUUGCUUUACAUGAAAAAAUAUGAAUAGACACUUUUCUGCAGUUGAUGUGGAUCCUGCCAUCAUGGGUGUUGGCCCAACUAUUGCAAUUCCAGCUGCAGUUAAAGCUGCAGGGCUUGAACUCGAUAAUAUUGAUGUUUUUGAGAUAAUUGAGACAUCCAUUGUUGUUUACAGAUAUGUAAAUUGUGCUCUGUAUCUUUUACAUCUUACAUGUGGUCCAUCUCAUCCGAAUACUGCUGCAAUGUACAUUAACUUUGCUAUGAUGGAGGAAGGCAUGGGCAAUGUGCAUAUUGCCCUUAGAUAUCUUCACAAAGCUCUGAAAUGUAACCAAAAAUUACUUGGUCUAGAUCAUAUUCAGACAGUAGCAAGUUACCAUGCUAUAGCAAUUGCAUUGUCUUUGAUGGAAGCAUACCCUUUGAGUGUCCAACAUGAACAAACAACUUUUAAAAUCCUCCGAGCAAAACUGGGUCUAGAUGAUUUGCGUACACAGGAUGCUGCCGCGCUUGGCUUGAAUACUUUGAGUCCAAGGCUUUUGAACAGAAAGCCAGAUGCAUCCAUAGCUACCAAGGGACACCUAAGGUAAAUUAAAUUAGCAUAUUCUCUGAAGAUGAGGAUCUUGAUAAAGUUGAAUGUUUUAU